AUGUCUUCGAGUAACAAAGACGGAACCAGAGAGGUUUUUAAGUGGAGUGAUGAGGACACAAUCAUCUUAUGUGAAGUUUGUCUUACGUUCAUUAAGGAUAAUGGCAAGGCACAAUUUUUCAAGUGGAAGGACAUUCAAAUGGAUGUCGAAAAAAAGAUUGGACGUGAACUUAGUAACCCGAAUUGUUGCAAGAACAAAUAUGAUGCAAUGAGGAAAGAUUGGCGUAAUUGGAAAGCUUUAAAGCUAUCAAAAACUGGUUUAGGGUGGGAUCCAUAUACAGGAAAAAUUGAUGCUUCAACUGAGUGGUGGCAAAGAAAAAUUAAGGAGAAUCCAGAGUAUAAAAAGUUCCGACUAAAGGGUGUCAACAUGGAACUGGAAGUGAAAUGGGAAAGCUUAUUUGGGGAUUCUUAUGCUACAGGAGAAAAUGUUUAUGUACCAUCAAUGGAUCACAUUGAAGACCUUACUGUAGACAAUGAAAAAAUUGAGGAAGAGAAUGUAGGAGAACAUGGAGGUGAGACCUAUUUUCCAAGUAACCAAUUUACUGCUGCUUUGCUAAAUGAAGAGAGGUUUUUUGAGAGUUUUGUAGAACAAGCAAGUAAUUCUACUUUUGGAGGUUCACAAGGGCGUGCGACUCGUGAAGCCUCAAACAAUGACAUGCAUGCUUCGAAAAAGAUACAAAAGCAGAUGCCAACAAAGCAAAAUAGUGUCCAAAUGAAGCGUACAAGAAGACAAUCAGGGGGAUCUGCAAUGUUGUCUAAAGGAAUUAGUGAAAUGACGGAGUGUAUUAAGCAAAUGAGUCAAGGUAGUACACCUAAUGCUAGCGCUCCUUCUUCCAUGUCUACAAUAUCUGCAGCGAUGCAGAUUAUUAGUCGUAUGGUGGAUAAUCAUUGCUUGGAGAAACAUAGCGAGUUGUGGUUUUAUGCUACUACUGUCAUUGAAGAUCCAACUAAAAGGGAGGUUUUUUUUAGUAUGGAGGGCGAUGAAAGUAGAGCUAAGUGGUUAGAAUACUUACAUGAGAAGAAAGAUAAUUAGAAUAGUUAUUCGAACUAAUGUUUUAUCUGAUUUAGU